AUGGCACGGGACCGAAGGCCGCAUGACCCUGGUCACGGGAGUUUGGUAAUUUAUUUUAGAAGUGAUUUUAAGUAUAAAAAAAUAAAUCUCCCUUUAUUUUCCAAGUUUGAAGCUCUGGCCAUCAGAUUGAAGAUUGGAAUUGAUCAGUUCUGUUUAAUUGCCCUCUACAGACCUGGCUCGGAACAGACGACUUCAUUAUUCUUUGAAGAGUUGAUUUCUAUGUUAAAGUUUAUUACAAUGUCGGAGGCUCAUGUCGUACUUAUGGGUGAUUUUAACAUUCACGUUGAAAAGAGGGAUAGUCCUUUCACUCUACGACUACAUGAGAUACUUGAUAUGUUCCAGUUGGUCAAUCAUGUUAAUCAACAAACGCAUGUGUCGGGAGGUACGUUAGACCUAGUAAUUUGUUCACAGGAUUUUCCAAUUCUUGAUACUAAGAAACAAAUGUCAAUCUGA